AGGCCAACCCGAUUCGCUCGUACGGGAGAAAGGUGUUGUAAGACACGAAUCAAGCAGUCGUGGUGCUGUGCAAACAAAUGCCCGUUGUUCUUCCGUGACCUUGAAAUGCGCAAACGGGCCUUAAUCGCCGGUAUGCUACUUGCAACCGUCGUUUUUUUCGCCAUUAUAGGAUUCGGGGUGAAAUCGAGUGACAGUGAUAGAACCAACGAACUCGUUUUGUUACAUGUGAUAAUCAGGCAUGGGGCAAGGACACCGGUUGAUACCUAUCCAAAGGAUCCCUACAUUAACGAGAGUUUUUAUCCAGUGGGCUGGGGACAAUUGACAAAUAAGGGGAAACUUGAGCUUUACAACAUGGGGAAGUUCCUCCGAAAACGCUAUGAUAAGUUUUUGGGGCCUCAUUACACCCCUGAUAUUUUUUAUGCCCAAGCUACGGACGUGGACCGGACUAAGGCCAGCCUGCAGAUGAUUAAUGCGGGCCUUUGGCCGCCUCAAAUCGAACAAAAGUGGGGGCCGCUAGACUGGCAGCCCGUCCCUGUACACUCUGAACCUUUAUCAGAAGACAGUUUACUACUAGUGAGACGACCCUGCGCCAACUAUCACCUUGAACUUGACCGUGUCUUAAAAUUACCAGAAAUUCGGAAAAAAUUCGAAGAAAACGACGAACUUUUCCGCGAAUUGAGCGAAAAAACGGGAAAAAGUGUGAAAAAUUUUGACGACGUCCAGGACAUCUAUAACACACUUAAAGCUGAAGACGAUUUCAAUUUGACGCUUCCUGAUUGGACGAAAGACUACUACCCUGAGCGCUUAACCCCGCCCACUGCCUUCAGCUUCGUGCUCAAUACCUAUACUGACAAGCUCAUACGGCUCAAAGGCGGGGUUUUGCUCAAAAAACUGGUCACCGAUUGGACGGAUAAAGUGAAGGGGACAUUACGUCCCGCCCAGCGCAAAGCCUUCUUAUACGGAGGGCACGAUUCCACAAUUACCAAUCUUUUGAGGGCUUUGGAUGUGGGGGAUCCCCAGAUCCCGGAUUAUGGGACUAUGAUCCUGUUGGAAUUUUCACAGGACUACAUUACGAAUACGUUCGGGGUCGAAAUUUACCUCCGGAACUCAACCGGGGAACCCCACAAAUUAAAAAUCCGCGACUGUAUCGAGUUUUGCCCUUUGUUUCAUGUAAAAAGGUUACGAUAUGACGUCAUUCCGGACAAUUGGGACAAAGAAUGUAAGAGUUAUGAUCCGAAUUAUACGCCCCCGCCACCAAGGGGGCCUUAAUUUGUGUUAGAAAUUGGUAUUUUUUUAAAUAAAAAACUCGUAAGCUUGUAA